AAGGGGUAAAAGAGGAGCGUCUCUCUCUCUUCUCUGCUUUCUAUUAAUUCUUAAAUCUCUUCUUGACCUUCGGUGGCGGUCCUUUUUCUCUGCUCCCCUUGGUCUCCUCUCCUAGUCGCCGGAGAUCCGUGUGAAGGCCGCGUUUUGUACGAGGCGAGGAGAAGGGAGAGGGGGGAAUCUGGGAUUCUCAAUUUUUCAUCCUUAUUUAACCCUGAUCACUUCUCAACGACAAAUUACAUAAUCUCAUCGAGGUCGCCUUUGGGAUUUGGACUGACGGAGUGCGAAUUCGGUCUCCGUCCGGUGAAUAAGGUUUUGUUUUUUUUUAUCUGCGUGCUCCGAUCGGUCGGGUUGACUACAGAGGAACGAAGAGGGGCCAUGUGGAAAAGAAAGGAGGGUGGAUGGUGAAGGAGUAUGGGAGUGAAUGGGCCUCUGGUUAUCAGUGAUGACGAUGUACAUUGCUCGCGAGUCUUCCAAGCUAUGGAGGAAGAUUUACAUGGAAACAUCUGUGGAACUUCAACUUCUUAUGGAGAAGUGGAAACUUCUGCUCGCAGGACUGAUUUUCCAGUAUAUUCAUGGGCUAUCUGCACGAGGAGUUCAUUAUCUACAUCGACCUGGUCCAACUCUUCAAGAUCUUGGCUUUAUGCUCCUUCCGGAACUUGGGAAAGAACGUGGCUACCUCAGUGAAAGUCUAUUCACCUUCAUCUUUUUGUCUUUUGUAGUGUGGACUUUUCAUCCUUUUGUUUAUCAUAGCAAGCGCUUCUACACUGUCCUGCUCUGGAGAAGAGUUUUAGCUUUUCUCGUCGCUUGCCAAACUUUGAGGAUCAUUACGUUUUAUUCUACUCAACUUCCUGGUCCUAACUAUCAUUGCCGAGAGGGAUCAAAGCUUGCCAGACUCCCCCCACCAGAUACUAUAGCCGAAGUGCUGUUGAUUAACUUUCCUCGCGGAGUCCUUUUUGGUUGUGGUGAUCUCAUAUUUUCAUCCCACAUGAUAUUUACGCUUGUUUUUGUCCUUACCUACCAAAAAUAUGGAUCUAGAAGGUUUAUCAAGUUCAUUGCCUGGGUUAUUGCUACUAUUCAGAGUUUACUUAUAGUAGCUUCUCGCAAACAUUACACUGUUGACGUAGUUGUUGCAUGGUACACUGUCAAUUUAGUGGUAUUCUUUAUCGACAAAAAACUACCAGAAAUGCCUGAACGUUCUAGUGCACAACCAUUGCUACCACUAACUGCUAAAGAGAAAGAUGGAAAAUCCAGAGAAGAGAACCACAAACUAUUGAAUGGAAAUUCAGCCGAUGCUGCUGAUCGGAGGCAGAGACUGCAAAUGAAUGGGAAGCAUGGAGAAGAUGCUAACCACAAUCAUUCUGAAUCGUUAGCAAACGGUGCUUAGAUGUUCCCGGACAUCCAAAGGCUUCAGCUGUACACAGGGAAUACAAGCAAUCAACAUGGAAAACACCCUGUACUUAUUCAACUUGAAGCCGACAGGGAAGUCCUAAGCUAUCUCCACACCCCAUAUGACAACUGAGCAUGUUACUUCUUUCACUCCUUGCAUCAAGAAUGUUCAUAUGUAUUAUGUCUCUAUCUUCAACAAUUCUUUAUCCUGCAGUAAAAGAAAAUGUUCUGACUUGCAGUUCAUUUGCUGAAAUCUGAUGUGCUGUCGCCGGUGAUGUUCUUGUUUCA